CGCCAGGUGCAUUGUGGGACAAUAAGGAGGCCUCAGACAAUUGGUUCCACGACGGGAAGAGGUUAGAGCGCGGGCGUGCCGUCUCCCGGACGCCUCGGAGCGCCCGUCGUCACUCGUCCAUGUUCGCGGGCUCGAAGCACCGCGACAUGGAGUUGUCAGGUUCUGGGUUUGAAUCCCAGAUGCGGUCUUCCUGCGAGCUGCCUUUCCCAUGCCCUUUUUUGGCACUCCUUCCUUUCUUGCCUUCCCCCACCAGCUUUUCCUUUCUUCCUUGUUCCCUUCACGCCUUGCUUCCCUUUUCAUCCAUGCGUCCUUUACAUUUGUUCCUUCCGCAUGCUUACCAACCUUCCAUCCUUUCUUCCUUCCUGCCCUCCUUCCUGUCUGACCUCUUUCUGACCUUCCUUCCCCUCAGAUCAUCUCUUCCUUCCUUCCUUCCCUAACCCUGCGACUUUCCUCCUCCCUUCCUUCAAUUGUUCCCUCCUUCCUUGCCUUCCGUAUGUGUCCAGUACUGCUUUAAAAGCACCCUCUUGACUUUUUUUUUUUUUUUUGGCCAUCCUUCACGUUACCUGUAAAAGCAUCAAUUAAUGAAUUUUUUUUUUUUUAAAUGUGCCCCCCACCACACACACUCUGUAUUUGCAGGUCUAUAUGGUGCUACAAAUGACAUAUUAAAACAUGAUAUGAGUUUUAUUUGGAUUUGUUGCGUUGGUGCUGCACGAAGCGAAGUGAGAGUUUUCCUCACCCCGAUUGGACUGGAUAUCUCCGUCAUGCUGCGCGCAGCGCGCAGCUCUCCACGCGCAUCCCACGGCGGCGGCGGCGGGCGCGUCUUCGGGACGUCUGCGACGAUUCCACUCUUUAAUUGAGCUUAAUUGGCGGAGGGUAGAGAUGCUGCGCUCGCCCUCCCGAAGCCCGUUGACAUUUUGACAGUAAUAAGGGAUAAACGCUAUCGCCGAACGUGCACUAAUCUGCUCUCAGCACCUUCGCCUUCCCCCCCUACCCGGGCUGCAGAACGCCGUGGAGCAUCAAUCACGCGCGGGAAACAUCCACCGCCGUGAGAGAGAGAGAAGAAGAAAAAAAAGAAAGAAAAGAAAAGCCAACGUCGCCCGGUUUGCAACGCGUCCCCGCACGUCCCCGCCCACCCAGCCAGUUGCAGACUUUUCAGCACCACUUCCCCCCCGCGGACGGCGCUCUGUGGAUACCGCGCGCAGGGGUCGCACGCCGAGAGGCUUCCGCCGAAGAUCGGCGCGUCGGACGGGGGCCACUUUGCGGGGCGGACCGCACUGGAAGCUGCGUAAGGGAGGGGCAAAAAAAACCGAGGGCUUGGGACUGUCCAUACAUACCGAGCAAAGCCCACGCAUUCAGCAAAAGCGUGAAUGUCUUUGGCGGAGAAUGACAAGGCCGACAGGUGAGAAGCGAACACGUGGGAUGUGACCAUCAACCUUGAGAGUACCACAGCUCUGUCUCCAUUCGAAACACGUCAUCGCCUGUUAUCCGCUGACACAAGGAACUCACGGUGAAGCCUGCAGACCCAAGCAGCCCCGAGGGCUCUGACAAAUAGGCGGACAGCGAAGAUUAAAACGAGCGAUUGCGGCGGACACCUUCGAGAUUCUCGAGAUUGGACGAGGGAGUUGAAGGAGGUCAUCUUCCAACUUUUGCUCUUACCGAUGCCGUGAGCGCAGGAUCUCCAUAGACACGUCUAUUUGGACGACGGAGUGAGGAAGGGCACGUGAGGAGCGCAGGAUUGCAGCCGUAUUGGACAUUAAGUGACUGUCUGAGUGAGAGGAGACAUGAGAGGAAGGCUUUCCUGUGCCAGCUGCUUGGAGAGCAAUUAACCCUGUGGCCAGCGCAAGUGACUACCUGGCUUCCAUUUUCUCGAUUGCGGCGGUUCGCUCGUCCGAGCUGCGGUCAUGUUUCACCCACCGCCUUGCAGACCGGACGGGACCGGCUGGCAGCGACGCGGCUCGGUUCUACUCCUGCUGCUGCUGCUGCUGCUCGACAGCUCCCUCAAGGAGGCAGCGCAGGCCGCCAAACCCAAAGGCCCGGGUCACACCCACCUGAACUCCAUCCGUAUCGACGGGGAUAUCUCCUUAGGCGGGCUCUUCCCGGUCCACGCCAGGGGCCACGAGGGCAAGCCGUGCGGUGAGCUGAAGAAGGAGAAGGGCAUUCAUCGGCUGGAGGCCAUGCUCUUCGCCUUGGACCGCAUCAACAACGAUAACAACCUGCUGCCGAACAUCACGCUAGGCGCCCGGAUCCUGGACACUUGCUCCCGGGACACGCACGCCUUGGAGCAGUCGCUUACCUUCGUGCAGGCGCUGAUCGAGAAGGAUGGGACGGACGUCAAGUGUCUGGGUGGCGGGGCGCCCAUCAUCACCAAACCAGAGAGGGUAGUGGGCGUCAUCGGAGCGUCGUCCAGCUCUGUUUCCAUCAUGGUGGCAAACAUACUGAGACUUUUCAAGAUCCCGCAGGUGAGCUACGCCUCCACGGCUCCGGAACUGAGCGACAACACCCGCUACGACUUCUUCUCCCGGGUGGUGCCUCCGGACACAUACCAGGCGCAGGCCAUGGUGGACAUCGUCAAAGCCAUGCGCUGGAACUACGUCUCCACCGUGGCGUCGGAGGGCAACUACGGCGAGAGCGGAGUCGAGGCGUUCAUCCAGAAGACUCGGGAGGACGGGGGCGUGUGCAUCUCCCAGUCGGUAAAGAUUCCCAGGGAACCCACGCAGGGCGAAUUCGACAAGAUCAUCAGACGCCUACGUGAGAAUCCCAACGCCAGAGUCGUCAUCAUUUUCGCCAACGAAGAUGACAUCAAGCGGUUGCUCCACGCUGCUAAAAAGGCUAACCAGACGGGUCAUUUCAUUUGGGUGGGCUCCGACAGCUGGGGCUCCAAGAUUUCUCCUGUCCUGCACCAGGAGGAGAUGGCGGAAGGGGCGGUCACCAUCCUGCCCAAGCGCCAGUCCAUCAAGGGCUUCGAUCGCUACUUCAUCAGCCGUACGCUGGAGAACAACAGACGGAACAUCUGGUUCGCCGAGUUCUGGGAGAACAACUUCAGUUGCAAGCUGAGCCGACACGCCCUGAAGAAAGGCUCCGGGCUCAAGAAGUGCACAAAUCAGGAGCGUAUCGGGAAAGACUCCAACUACGAACAAGAAGGCAAGGUGCAGUUUGUGAUUGACGCCGUCUACUCCAUGGCCCACGCGCUGCACAACAUGCAUCAGGAGCUAUGCCCGGGCAAGGUGGGCCUCUGCGCCAAGAUGGACCCCAUCAACGGCACGCACCUGCUCAAGCACAUACGCCGCCUUAACUUUAAAGGUAUCGCAGGAAACCCGGUGCUCUUCAACGAAAACGGCGACGCUCCCGGGCGCUACGAGAUCUACCAGUACCAGAUCCGAAACCUCACAGCGGAGUACAAGAUCAUCGGCCACUGGACGGAUCAACUCCAUCUCAAUGUGCGUUCUAUGCAGUGGCCUGGCGCCGUCCAUAGAAUCCCGACAUCGAUUUGCAGCCAGGCCUGUCGUGCCGGCGAGCGUAAGAAGAUUGUGAAGGGCAUCCAGUGUUGCUGGCACUGCGAGCGGUGCGACGGCUACCAGUACCAGGCGGACACGUUCACCUGCAAGAUGUGCCGCUUUGACUUGCGGCCCAACGAGAACCACACGGCCUGCGUUGCCAUCCCCAUUGUCAAGCUGGAGUGGCGCUCUCCCUGGGCAGUGAUCCCGGUGCUGAUCGCGGUGGCGGGCAUCAUGGCCACCCUCUUCGUGGUGGUCACUUUCGUGCGGUACAACGACACGCCCAUUGUGAAGGCGUCGGGGCGCGAGCUCAGCUACGUGCUGCUUACCGGCAUCUUCCUGUGUUAUGCCACCACCUUCCUGAUGAUUUCCACCCCUGACGUGGGGAUCUGCUCCCUGCGGCGGAUCUUUUUGGGCCUGGGCAUGAGCAUUAGCUACGCCGCCCUGCUCACCAAAACCAACCGCAUCUACCGCAUCUUCGAUCAGGGCACCAUGUCCUUGAGUGCGCCCCGGUUCAUCUCGCCAGCUUCGCAGCUCAUCAUCACAUUCACGCUGGCGUCGGUGCAGCUGCUAGGCGUGUGCAUCUGGUUUGGCGUGGAUCCCUCCAAGGCCAUCAUCGAUUACGAGGAUCAGAGGACGUCUAAUCCGGCCAUGGCCCGCGGCGUGCUCAAGUGCGACAUCUCCGACCUCUCCCUGAUCUGUCUGCUGGGUUACAGUAUGCUGCUCAUGGUCACCUGUACCGUGUACGCCAUUAAGACCAGAGGGGUGCCAGAGACUUUCAACGAGGCCAAGCCCAUUGGUUUUACCAUGUACACCACUUGCAUUAUCUGGCUGGCGUUCAUCCCCAUCUUCUUUGGCACUUCGCAGUCCACAGAAAAGAUGUACAUCCAGACCACCACGCUGACCAUCUCGGUGAGCCUGAGCGCCUCUGUGUCCCUGGGCCUGCUCUACAUGCCCAAGGUCUACGUGGUCCUCUUCCACCCCGAGCAGAACGUGCCCAAGCGCACGCGCAGCCUCAAGGCCGUGGUCACCGCCGCCACCAUGUCCAAUAAAUUCAACCCCAAGGCCGGCCUCAGGCCCAAUGGUGAAGCCAAGACAGAGCUGUGCGAAAGCCUGGAAACACAAAGUUUCUCCACAAAGCAAACGUACAUCAGCUACAGCAACCACGCGAUCUAACCGACGCCUCCAAGUCAUGCUCGAGUCUCCAUCUUUCAAAUUCAGGAUUUCCACCUGAUCGACUUGUCAGGAGUGUCAUUUUCACACGGAUGGAAAUCACGGGAGCGUGUUUCUUCCGAACACAGUAACUGCAGGAAAGCACUUGUGUAGGCGGCACAGUUGUGAGGUAUCAUCAUGUGUUGUUAAAAAAAUACUGCAUGAAAGCCAAUUGGAGACUGAAAAAUGGAAGUUUUUUUCUUUGAUUCAUCGACGAAGUGACUGGCUGAUGAUGGUGAACUCGGACGCCAAAAAUGUGUUUGAAUGUUGUCAGUGUCGUCUGCCAACUGGCAUCGGAAUUUUUCGAAAUGGGGUGCUCGAUGGGAGAAAAAAAAACGUGGCUGGAGGAGGGAGAGGGGGAUUCCUGCUGCGUUUAUUCCAGUCUGAGUCAUCCAUGCACCAAAUCUGCAUUAAGACUCCCCCCGUGUUAAUUUGCUGAGCUCUAUUGGACAGAGUGUGUUGUGCAUGAUAAUUUUAACAUCAUGUGUUGUAUUGUUGCUGUAUAUUCGGAAUGCGUUUUAACUCGGUCGUUACACUCGUUUGGGGGUGCGUUCAAAAUGGUCUCGUGAGUGACUGUUGUGUACGUAUCAAGCAGCUAACCCCCUCCGAGAGGUCCCCGCUGCCGCCUCGCCCUCAUUGUAUGUGCUUCAUUCAACCGGACAGAUCUUCACAGAAGAGGUUGAGCCCCCCCCCCCCCCCAUCACUGCCAACAGCCAUUUCCCCUCACAGGGUAAAAAAGCCUCGCUGUACAGAUCCAUUAAGAGGAGGAAUGAAGAUGAAGCAUGCCCUUGAGAGCAGCCCGCCAUACGUCCCUGAAGGUGAUAUCCAUAGAUCCCUAAUGGGAAACCAUACUUAGAAAAUUCAUUACGAAAGGUUCUAUGUCCUCCACGGACACUCUGGUGAUAAAGGGGGGAAAGGAGGUUGCGUGUUUAUACAUAUCAAAGAAAAAAAUCAUUUAUCUAUCAAUGAACAGAUGAAUCGAGAGGUAUAAAAGCCGUCAGGUGUCUUGGGGGACGCAUCACGUGUGUGUGGUGGUGGGGGGGGGAGGGGGGGGGGGGUCAUCAUUUAUGUGUCACUUUUUACAUGUCCCGCUCGCCCCGCAGUGUUUGUUUCGGAGGACUCGAUUCAAUGUGAUUAAAUAGAUUGGUGAUGUUUGCUUUCUGUCCUCCCAACAUAUUAUAAAAGAUGGGGGGGAAAAAAUGUACAAAAAAAAGAUACAGUGCCUGGCUUAUCUGAUUAUGUAUUUGUAUAAAAAAAAAAAAAAAAUACUAAAGUGUGUGAAGCAUGUUUAUUUUUUUUUUAUACCAAAUUUUAUUUCUAUUAAAAUGUUUUCAAACUCA